CUACGAAACCCGAGCAGAAAGAACCAAACCCCCCUUCCACUCAUUUUCAGCUUGUUCUUCUUCUUGUUUAAACACUGCGCCUUCUCGUGGAGGUAAUCUUAAUCCUACGGGGGAGGAUCGAAGAGCCUUCUACUUAUCUUUGCCCUUCUCUCUAUACUGACUGCCCUGGUCCGUCUGGUCUUUCUGUCUUCUCGAAGUUGGUUCCUGUUUCGAAAUCCCUUGGAAGAGAAAGAGCGAAGGUUGUCGCCUUACCUCAAACACGUUGGCACACCACCACCCACAGCCCAGCUAUUAUACCUGACUGAACGUCUUAUUACUCUUCCUCUCACAUCGCCCACCCCCACCCCUCUUCUACACAUACCACCACCUCCAUCUCAUAAUCACUCCCUCUACCUAUUCUCCUCGCCGUCGGGCUUUCUCUUCCCUUUCCGACCUCCUUUCCCCGAACAAACAUACCAGCCUUUUGGGGGCCGGAGCCUCAGACUCGUCGUUCCUUUCGUCAUCAAGCAUCCCCGCCUUGUACGAUCGACACGUUUGCGGCUCUUUUGAACGAUUGUUUACGACUGUUUCGCAACAAUAGAGGCUGGUUCUCUCGACUACACGUAUUCUUAUCACUGAAUCGACUUCCGUCCACCAUUGGUAUAAGCGAGGUCAAGCGUGUUCGGGAGGGAAAAGGCAUCAACUGGCUCAGUCAAACUACUCCCGGCCUCUCUUACCGGGCUCAAAUUCAAUUUCAACAGCAGCAAUCAUGAAGACGACGACGACAAAAGCGGUGCUGCUCACGCUGCUCAGCAGCAGCGGCUUCGUAACAGGCGCCCGGGCCGCGGCGAACCUGUGCUUCUUCCCCGGCGGCGUGCAGAGUCUGGACGUCCCGUGCGAUCCCAAGGCCGAAGUCAGCAUGUGUUGCGGAAGCGUGAAUGCGUGUUUGAGCAAUGGGCUAUGCAAGCUUGAGGAUACGUCGAAUAACACGGGUAUUGCGUACGCGAGAGGAACGUGUUCGGAUCCGACGUGGCAGAGUCCAAUUUGCCCGCAGCAUUGCGUACUAAACCCCGACACGAGGAAAAAUAACACGGCAUACGACUUCAGAUUCAACGGUGUUCAGGUAUGGCAAUGCGACAGCCAAGGCUUCGGCGUACCGGGCAAGUUCUGCUGCGAAUCCGCCGCCGAGAAGACGAGAUGCUGUUCCACGCCGCCCGCCAUCUUCGGGCCCCUCAUCGCCGCGACACCCGGCAACGCCGUCGCCGUGCAGACCCUCAACACGGGCGCCAAGUCCACGCCCACGCCCUCAGGAUCAGGACGCGCCGGCAUCACGGGCGGUAGCAAUUACCCCUCGCAGCAGACGCCCGAGAUGACGGCUGUGCCGACGAUGACGAGCAAGAUCCCCGCCACACCCGGCGGCGCGGAAGCCAGCCAGCCGACAGCGGAUACGAAUACCGGAAGCAGUGGAGAUAGCGGGCAGAAGGGCAUCGGGAACGUGGCUGUUGUGGGACUGGGUGUCGGCGCGAGUGUGGGUGGUGCGCUGCUCGUGGCGGUGGGCGUGAUGUGGUACCUACGCAAGGAGAGGUCUCGCCGGGGACCCGUGGAGCUCGAUGGGUCGAGUAUCAAUGGCGGGUACGGCGGCAGCAGCGGGGCGAGCGAUCUUUCGAGGUCGAAUACUGGGCAUACCGGACGGAUCGCGUAUGGGGGGAUGAAUAUUCACAAUAUGAAUCACAACGGGGGUACGGGGACGGUUAGCUCCAUGGGGACGGGGACGUAUAACAUGUCGGCGACGCCUGGGAUGAUGACUGUGAGGAAGGCGAGUAGUGAGUGGGAUGGGAGUCCCGGCGGAUUGGGCGGGGAUUAUCAGAUGGCGGAGAUUGAUGGCAAGGAGGCGAUUGUGGUGGCGGAACCACAGGGGAGGAAGAAGAGUCUGUAUGAGCUGCCGUAG